UACCAGUAGGAAAUACAGUCGAACUUUUCCUCCGAGUCAGUCUAUCGGGUGUUAGGAAAAUUAGGCCGUGGAAUAUCCAUACCCCAUCACUAAUUAGGAAAACAAUUUCAAGGUGCUUCGUCCGCAAAAGGAUUGCGUGUGAGAUUCGAUCAUCGAAAAAAUUGCUUCUGUUCUAUCCACGGGAAAAACGGUUAGCGUUGAAGCGAAAAGUCAGUGAAAAAAUUUUCACCCUUACGCUGCUGUUGAAUAGCUCAACCAGGAAAACUUUGUGCGCUCUCUGCUGGUUCUCCGUUUUCUCGGAUAGCGCGCGAGUGAGAGAAAGUACCGAGAAUCGAACGUGCGAGCGGAAAAGUGCAAAUGUCUAUCAGUGGUGAUAUCUGAGUGGUGAUAAUUUGUGCUGAAAAACGGCAGCAGAAGGAUAAUAUUGACUGUCCAACGGUACCAGCUAUCAGAUAGAAUUCUGUGCCAGUAAUUUCAUACCGCGGAUAAGGACAAAUCUAGGUGAAAGUGAACAAGCUGACAGUGAAGCGAUCGUAAAAAAAGUGAACGUAAAAGCAAAGAACUAGGCAAACAUUGGUCGAAAGGAUUUGCGAUCUGAACGAAAGACGCAACCAACAGGAGAAUAUAGUAUUGGCAUCUGCAGUCGUACUAGCGGCUCUUAGCACCACCAGCCGAGAGUGGAGUCAGUGGUUGCUUGUGUAGCUCGUCGAUAAAACCGAUAAUUUUUGGCUGCUUUAAUGAGAACAUUCAUCGCCUACUAGGAUACCCUCUAUCGUUGGCAACAAAAAAAGCCGGCCGAAGCAAGUGGUGGAUUCUCGACCGGCCCCGAAGAAAUAUGAGAAAUGCUGUAUGGCCGUUUCCCGCAUUAAUUAAAACGGCUAGUACUACAACAAAAACGACGAAAUUUGCUGGUCAAAAUCGGAUGCCACUAUCUGCGAAGUAGAGAGUAUUCAUCCCGGGAGUUUGUCGUUUUCUAGAACUGUGGUUCGGGGGGUUAGCUCACGUGUGUCUCCCAGCUAACAGUGCACGGACGUGCCUGGUGGAUCGUGACUCUGGUGAAGAUUUGAAAGUUGCGCGAGAGACGAUACGCGAAAGAUAAUUGUGCAUCGUUGUUUAAGAUUGAAUACGUGAUUAACUAACCGUUCGGUUCAUAGUGAGUAAAGUUCGUUGUGGGAGGGGGCAGCGCCACACAAUUAGUCGUUGUUAUUGUUUAAUCGCAUUCGGGCAAAAUUCUAGCCAAUCUAUUAAACGAGAUGGCUGCUCAGCCAGCUUGUACCCGGUUUUCGGAUAACUACGAAAUAAAGGAGGAGCUCGGAAAGGGUGCAUUCUCGAUCGUGAAGCGAUGUGUGCAGAAAUCGACUGGAUUCGAGUUUGCCGCUAAAAUUAUCAAUACAAAAAAGCUUACCUCGAGAGAUUUUCAGAAGUUGGAACGGGAGGCCCGGAUAUGCCGCAAAUUGCAGCAUCCGAACAUUGUUAGAUUACACGACAGUAUUCAGGAGGAGAACUACCACUACUUAGUGUUCGAUUUGGUCACAGGGGGAGAACUGUUCGAAGAUAUUGUAGCCCGAGAGUUCUAUUCAGAAGCGGAUGCAUCGCACUGUAUACAGCAGAUUCUGGAAUCCGUCAACCACUGCCACCAAAAUGGAGUCGUGCAUCGAGAUCUGAAGCCUGAAAAUCUGCUGUUAGCUAGUAAGGCUAAGGGGGCAGCGGUGAAACUGGCGGACUUUGGUCUGGCGAUUGAGGUUCAGGGUGAUCAACAGGCGUGGUUCGGUUUUGCCGGUACGCCUGGUUACCUGUCACCGGAGGUAUUGAAGAAGGAACCGUACGGCAAAGCCGUCGACAUUUGGGCAUGCGGUGUUAUCCUAUACAUUCUACUAGUCGGUUAUCCGCCAUUCUGGGACGAAGAUCAACAUCGGCUGUAUGUGCAGAUUAAGGCGGGCACAUACGAUUACCCGUCACCCGAGUGGGACACGGUCACACCGGAAGCGAAAAACCUAAUCAACCAAAUGUUAACAGUUAACCCCUACAAACGAAUCACCGCGGCUGAAGCGCUGAAACAUCCUUGGAUCUGCCAACGAGAACGUGUGGCAUCUGUGGUACAUCGACAAGAGACUGUGGACUGCUUGAAGAAGUUCAACGCCCGGCGCAAACUCAAAGGUGCUAUACUAACCACGAUGCUUGCCACCAGAAAUUUCUCCAGCAAGAGUAUGAUUGCCAAAAAGGGCGAAGGUUCGCAGGUGAAGGAAUCCACCGAUUCAUCCAGCACUACUGUCGAAGAUGAUGACUGCAAGGCACGUCGGCAGGAAAUCAUCAAGAUCACAGAGCAGUUAAUCGAGGCUAUCAACAAUGGCGAUUUCGAGACAUACACCAAAAUCUGCGAUCCGCAUUUGACCUCAUUCGAGCCGGAAGCUUUGGGCAACCUAAUCGAGGGUAUGGACUUUCACAAGUUUAACUUCGAAAAUGUGCUGGGAAAGAACAACAAGGCCAUCAAUACGACCAUCCUGAAUCCGCAUGUGCACAUUUUCGGCGAGGACACGGCGUGUAUCGCGUACGUACGGUUAACGCAGUACGUCGACAAGCAAGGUCACCCGCAUACAGUGCAAACCGAGGAAACUCGGGUAUGGCACAAGAAGGACAACAAGUGGCAGAAUGUGCAUUUUCAUGGCAGCCGCAAUGGUAGUUUCAGCAACACCGCAACGCAGUACGAUUUUGUAAACCAUAAGUAAAUCCCAGUCAAAACGAGCCAAUCCGACCGAUCAUGGUCACGGUAAAGUUUCGUACUAACAUAAACCUUUGUUUAAUUUGAAUUCAGAAUGGAAACACUGCAUCAUAUACUUGUUCGUUGAAUAAUAAAUUAAUGAUGAAAAAUAGUUUAACGAUUCUAAUAUCUCUGUAACCAAACAAGAAAAAGAAGAAAAAAAAACAAACAAACCGUAAAGCAAACAUGAAUCAAUGGUGGCACGGAACGAGCAGAGCCGAAACAAGUGACGGAAAACAAUGCUUUUAGCAACACUCUCUCCCAAUCAGUCGCAAGGGGAAGCAAAAUCUUACGCAAGCAUAUUUUCAUAGAAAAUAUAUUGAGGAAAUUUUAAAGGCAAACCUAAACAUUAGAGAUUAUUACACAUAUUUUCGACGUAAGCAAACCUCGAUUUCUCGAAAAGGAAACACAAAAACAAGCAGAAUGAAUUAUUAAACAAAAAAAAACAAUAUUUGCAUUUUUUACAAAACCCAAUUUAAAACAUAAUUAAAAAACAAACGGCAUGUGAUGAAAUAAUAAGAGCAUGAUUGAAGAAUCCCAUUUCACUCAUGAGACAGUUUCGUAUCUCUCCCGUUUUUUCCAGAACAUUUCUCAACUUCUCUCUAUCAUUCAUCUUUUAAAGUAUUUACAACAAAUCUAAAUCUAAUCAAGUGGAAGUAACCAUUAGAAAACGAAACGGAAAAUUGCCUAUCGUUCGUAAACAAACAAAAAAAAAACAACGGUCGAGCAAAUCGAGACAAAUGGCUGAUGGUACUUAGGAAAGUCGUCUCUCUAAACUGCCAGGGAAUCAGCAAAAACAAAUACCACAUAGUGAACCUAUUAACGCAUGGCGCGUAACCGUUAUGCGAAAUCAAAUAAAUAGAAAACCAAAACACGAAUCUGCUGUUAGAGUGAGAAGAAAAAACAAGACUAAAUACACAUCCAUGUUCAAAAGCAGGAUAAAAGGAUACGGAAACCGGCGAAAACAGAAGAAGAAAAAAAAAUGAAACGGUGAAAUGAAUAUUAGCGAGAGUGAGCCUAAACUAGUAAACAGUAGCGAGAGCUGUAACAACCAUUGAAAGCAAGAGAAAUCCACACGCGUAAGCACGCAAACACAAACACAUACACACACGCAUACACAGAAGGAACAAGAAACAAAGAAUAAACAUCGCAUCUUACUCUACAUCGUCGCCAUAUUAGAUAGAAACGAUUAUAUAUACUUAAAAAGGUAAAAAAACAAAAUAAAACUACUUUAUGCGCAUAAUUGUAUCAUACAACAUCACCAGAACUAGCAAGCAAAAGUAAAUCUUGAGAUGAAAUAGAAGAUUGUGAAACUACAAUGAUACUAGAAUGUGACACAACAAUUCGUAAAUCUGUUAAGCAUUUUGGAAUGAGAGAAAAACUCGUUGCUUUUAUUCAAAAAGAGCGAUAACGACCAUCACAAUCUUCAGUUUUUCUGUUUGUAUUUGAAUAAUAGCGUAAUUUAGGAGAAACAAAAAACCCUUUUUGGACGAGCAUGUUCUCGGAUUUGUUGACCAAGGUAAUUAGGAAAAGAACGAACUUGAAAAUUGGACUUUAGUGUAGGCAAUUUAAAGCUAGACAGGAUGCUGACUGGACGCUUGAAAGUCACACCAUGACCAGUUAGGAGUUGUGUUAAGUUUUAGGUAUUAGAGAUUAUUGUUUGUUUUGGUAAUUUUGUAGAAAUGUUGGUGCAGCUUGGUGCAGCGUGAGCGCAUAAUUUUAUUGUCGCGUAUAUAUUUUAGCUCCCAGAUGGAUAAAUAUACAUACGUUAGUUCAGGACACAGUUUGGUUUUUACUCGAAAAAACGCUGGUGUGUGAGAGAUAACUCGAUUCGUUUUUUAACAUUAAAACUAUGCAUUGCAUUUCCCAGUUCAGGUUUUAGUUUAUCCGCUCCGAAGAUAAGUUCAAAAUCAGUACAGGUGGGGCUAGCUUUGAUUAGCUAUAACCUUUUUUUUAUAUGUCAUUGGCUAAAAAUGACAUUUUAAAUUCCUGGAUCAGUAGGAUAAACUGUUGUGUUAAUCUGAAAAGUGAUAACAAUGAUUUCAAGUACUUUUUGUAAAACGUAAUGAUUCCUGCUGCCUACCGAUCCGACAUUAUGAUGUAUUCUUUUGAUACCUCAGAAACGAACCUAUCGAAGUAGCAAAUUUCAAUACAGUCUGUCAACAAAAAAAACGCCGUUUUAGGUUUCAGUUCAUAGUGAAAACCCAUAAAAAACGAUAAUCAGCUUAGCCACUAUUCGAUUUUCAUCAAACUAGAGCUUAAAUCCUUUCACAGUGCACGGUUUACUCGAUUUAUUGCUGUAGCAUAAGACCUACUAGACCAACGUGCAAUUUAGCGAAAGUGUUUGAAUCAACAACAUCAGAUAUCACUAGAAACCCAAUUCUUUAAUCUCACAAUCUUAUAACUUAACCUACAACUAUUUAAUAGGAAAAAAAUCCAGCUAGUAGAAAACAGACCAAAAUUGUAGAUUGUUCUCGCCGAGAGAAAUAUAAUCAAUGGAACUGUGAGAAUUGUCAUCAGCGCGAACUUUUGUGUUGUCAGAGGCCAAGCUGGAGGCAGAAACCAAAGACAAAAAUAACUCCAAUUAACUUCGAAUCUAAGGUUUUUUUAUGAUGUUGAGUGGAAUACGUAAAAGUAGUCGUAUUUUCAAUCGGACGAAGCCAGCAAACCUUGAGCAUAAACAACUUUCUUCACAAUAUUUAUAUAUAUAUUUCAAACCAACCCCGCCCGCCGAUGGUCUGAUCAACGUAACGUUAUCGUCGUGAAACACAGACUUUCCAGUACCUACUGCGAUAGGCUACCUACGCGUCCUAUUGACGUACGCUUAAGUCCUAUCUACUGGCAGUAGGCGUGCACCCAUGAGCAAACUACUGUCAUCCUUCGCAGUCCAGGCAGUAGCUGCGUUUGAGAAGGGGUGACAACCCGUAAAAAAUUACAACGACUUUGUCGUCAAGCUCACACCAAGGCUUCCGUAUUCCAGCAGCAGCAGCACCAUGUACGGCGACUACUAAUGGCGAUUCGAUUCCACUGCUAUGUUUGCCCCAUCCUUGUAGUCAAGAUUUUCCUUCGAGAAGCAGGACCUAUAACGGUGAAGUGCCAUUCAAUUUUGCCUCAACGACACAGCAUGUCAGGCUCUUAGUUUUGAUUAGCUCGCUUGCUGGGAAUAACCGUGACUGAAGAGCUGUUUUUGGUUCCGAAACACAGACAAACUCUCAAAUGCACACACACACAUAUAACAGCGCACGACAGAAUUAAUCGUGAGUGGGUGUUUGGGUGAUUGGGGACAAGCGAACGAAUCAAGUGUCAAACUCAGAUUGAACAUGAUAAACAUUAGCUGAAUGUCGUCGCGUCAAUAUAGGACGGUGGUGAUUGAGUAACGGCUUCGGAUAGCAGUUCAAUCCGGCCAUGUGGAAAACACAGCAACAACAAAAGCAGUCAACGGAUGGCAUGGAAGUAAAUAAGUUAACCGACAUUCCCGGAGUUCAUUGUAAUCGGGGAACAACGAGAAGAGAUGCUAAAGUGUUUGCUAUAACGGAGCUAAUGCUAAUGAUUAACGAGCACCGGUCGAGAAAGUGAAAGGAAGAAAUUUAUUUUCUCUUACUGUGAAGCAACUGAAUACGCCAGGAAUGCGAGCCUCUAUUUAAGGAUAACGCUAUCGUGAUCGCAAAAGUGUGAGGGACAUCUUGGCCUAAAUCAAACUUCGAUGAUGUCGUUCAUACUCGUUUGCAUCAGAAUUUACAGACGACUGGUUGUCCUGGAUAAGGAAAAAAAACAUUGAGCUAAAAUCAAAAGAAUCUUAUUGCAAAUCUCGACAAGCGGUAUUUUACUACCGCCAGUAAUUCCAACAAACACAGUCGCUAAAUGCGGCAGCCUCGACAUCUGCUAUCGGGUUCCAUACUUUUCUCACUAAACAGAAGAGGUCAGCUUAUCAAUAACAAUGAAUAGCAAGAAGAUUCCAUCACCCUAUGAAUUUAACGAACAAAGGGAAAACUAUCAACAACCGUGAUUCUGUGGCCAUAUUCACUUGCUUAAGGCACUGCGGAAGGCUUAAUCUCAAAUCAACAACACGUGAGAAGAAAUUCAAUGACUGAAAACACAACUGCUCGCGCUGACGUCACAGUCGUCCAGUUCCUUGAUUACUGCUAAUCAAAAAAUUCAGGCACAGACCAGCGAAUUUUCACGGUUUACAUACCAGAAAAGCUUUAAAACAUGUUUAGAUAACAAUGUCAAACACACUACAGACUGAUCACAGAGCCGGCGACAAAUUGUGCAAGAUUGCUGCAUAAAAGUUUUAGGAAACGGCAUUCAGCGAGCUACUAUUUAUGCAUUCGAAGUAUUUUUGUUCCCCACUCUGACGCUAGUGAAAAAAAAAAUGUUUCACAAAGAAAAGUGAACUUAAAUCAAGCACUCUUUGAUGUAACAAAAUUUUAAUGUAAAAAUUGCGUUGAAUACUAGAUGCAAUAAAAAAUAUGACAGUGUUAGAGUGUAAUGCAGGACGCGAGGCGCUGGUUUUCAAAACUGGUUCUUUUUGUGUUAAUCAAAAUCUAGUAGAAUGUCAAAUAUAUUGCAAUCAAUUUGUUACUGGUUACGUUUUUGUGAACACAUUCAUUUUUAUGUAGCAUACUUUUUUAUUAUUCGUUGAAGAUGUACUUUAAGAAACAAGUUAAUUAAAUGCAAGUUAUAGAAAACGAAAAUUCAUUGUACUGAAACUGAAAAUUCAGCAACAAUUCAGCUAUUCAGUCGCGUGUCAAUCGGGUACCGUUGUAUAAAAAAAUGUCUGCACUGUGGUACAACCAUAAUAAACUAUUUUCGUUUAUAUCAGCCAUUACAUUAUUACAUUACUAUACGUGAAAUGCUCUUUGAUGUGUGAGUGUACACAGAAAGCAUCAAUUUUACAAGAUUCUGAUGACACAGAAUGAGAUUCAUGGCUAAAAUUCAAAAGUUCUUACAGAAUCCAUCCUAUUUCUAUGCUCACACAUAAGCUUCACAUAGCCAUGCAGAAAUAGGUUUCGUCCCAGUAAAACCGCAGACAUGUUCCAGGACCAUCUUUCUGUUGCCAAGCACAUACUUUCAAGUUGGAUGUAAAAUCAAUGGAAAAUUUUUUUUCCGGUACCUUUUCUCUCUGUACUUCCGUGAGGCAAAAUGUAAAUUAUGCAGUCAACAUGUUUAGUACAUAGAUCUUUUAUGAAUGCGACUAUGCCAUUUGCAGCAAGAAUUGGAGAAGAAAAAAAUCGAACGGCAACAGAAAAGAUUAUGGUGCAUUAAUUUGUGCUUGGAAUUCAGUCGAGAAUUCAGGCAACGGGAAAACAGGAUGAUAAAUAAAUAGCCAUGAUUAGCUGUGCAAUAAAUAUUUCGAAAUCCCCUAUCACAGUACAUUAGUACGUGUCAUAACGUAGUGGAAUUCCCAUUCAUUUUCGCCAGCCUGUGGCGAUAUGUUCAUAUUUCGGAGAUAUUCUAAAAAAUCGUCAUUCCAAUUCUUAUCAAUCCAUGGGUGUGAGUAUGUGCUCCUUUUCUGUAGUUUUAAACUGAAUUAUCCUCCAGAAAAAAUGGAACGGAAAUUGUGGUUGCCAGUACCUGUCCAUCAUCUUUUGACAUAAUCAGUGUGUUUGCCCUGUGCAUGAGCAACCCAUGAGUAAUCAUCACUGUUUCGCUUCAAACCAAAGGACAUAAUUUACAGCCACCGAGAAUAAAAUAUGAUUAUUACUGAAAACGGUAAAUAAAAAUAAACCAAAACAAUCAGAAACAGUAUAGAAAGUGCCAAACGAUACACAUAAUUUAUUUCUCAUUCGGCUAGCCUCAGCCACUUUAACCGCUGUUGAUUUCAUCCCGAGCAAGCAAACAAACUUCUGUAUGAAAACCGCACAUCAUAAACCCACCCCCUUCCCAAACACAUGACAACAUUGUAAAUGGUACACACAGGCAAUUGCAUUGUGGUUAUGCACAAUACUUUUACUUGGUGAUGAUUAGUUUCGUUUCGCUUUCGUUCGAUGGUUGACUAGUUACAAAAUGGAGAUCUUUCUGACCAAUUACAAUUGUUUACUUAGUGGAAAACAGAGCAACAACAACAAAAAUCAUUGAACAUAUAUAGUGUAUCGUUAAAGCAAACUGUAAGCAAAAAAUCAAGAAUCAACGCACCAAUUAACUUUCCUAUACGCGCACUUUUCCCAGUUUAAAACCAAAUUUCGCCACCGGAGUGAAACCGUUAUAUGAAACAAAACAAAAAAUCCCUCCUGCUAGAAAUCACAUUACGCGAAACAAAAAUCAACAGCCAACCAACCACGCUAAAUAAAAAAUAGAACAAAGGAUCUCUUAAUAUAUAUAUUUUUGAAUAUUCAUUUUUACCUUUCAUGAGAAGGACUCACUUGUUAUUGUAAGCAGUGAAGAAAUGCAAUUAGACAACCAACAGUAGAAUGGUAAUAAUUCGUUUAACAACAACACAUACAAUUUAAUAAUACAGCUACACUAAACAGACACAUACAUGCAUUAGUAAUUAGAAUUCUAUUAAACAGUGUACGUAAGCAGAUUUUUGAGGUAAAGAUUAGCUUGGUAUACUUCACGAAGACCUUUUCUUCUCUAUCUCUUUGAUAAACGAACUGACACUCGAAAUAAAUGAAGGUUAGGCGAAUGCAGAUGAAAUCCCAGUUGAAUUUAUUAAAACUUUCAAAUAAAAUUUAAACGAAAAUGGAAACGUUAAGAAAACGGAAAUUUGAACACAAUUUACAUCUAGAUUUUUUUUUAUUUUUUGAACGUGACCGUAUAUAAACAAAUAACAACACUAAAAGAAAUAUUUAUAUGUAAAAGUGCGUGCAUUUGUAUUUGUAUUUUGUCUCUUUGAAUGAAUAAAACUUAAAUAAUAUAAAAAUCAACACAAAACGGAUAGAAAUCAGAAUUGUGAAAACUAUUGAAAGCAAAUAGUAGAAUGUAUGCGACGGAGGUGAUAAGAGAAAUACCAAAAAAAAAAUACAAGAAAAUAAAUCUAAAAGUCAGAAACCGUAACAGCCGAUACCAUGCCUACGAAUCAAGAGCAGACAUUUACACACACACAUACAUACAUACAAAUUCUCCUUUUCUCGAUCAUCAAAGACAUUAAAAUUGUAAAAAAAAAACAAAAUAUCAAGCAAAAUAAAACCAAACCAGCAGCAGGCCAAGGCAUUCUCCGAUACAAAACAGACACACGCUUACGCUCCGAAAAAAGUAAAAAAAUCAAGCCAUAGACAAACCAACUCGCAGCUGCAAUACGAGAAUCCAUCUAUUUACCUGAAACGUCGCCGCCUGUCGGUUGUGAGGCAACCGCAAACAAAUUUCGAUACAGAUUUGGAUCCAUCUACGCGGCCAGUUGGCGAUGAUCAGUUGGAUGAUGGGUUGCUGCCGCUGCUGCAACCUGCGCGUGUAUUUCCGGAAAAAGUUCGCUAGGUGAAAUACGUCCAAACGAAGCAAAAACAUGGUAGCGCAAAUAAAAAAAAAAUGAAACAAAAUGAAGGAUCGAAAUUUUUGGAUUUGAAAUGGUGCGUUUUCGUCGAAUAGAAGGUCUCUGUGCAAAAACAGUUUGAGUAAUGACCUACUACUACAAUAGAGAGAAAUAUGUACUAGAGUAAAACAGCACUGAAUCGAGCGGGUACGAUGAUGAUGCAUACAGCCGGUGUGCAAAAAAGAGAAUAAAACAGAAAAUCUCAGAUCACUUAAGGACGAAAUGUCAACACACACAUAAUAUUAAAUUUAAUAUUAAAUUAUAUAUAAACAUGGAAAAACAAAGGAAAAUAAGAAAAUGCAGAAAAUAUUUAAGAGUAAAUUGUUUAAUCUAGUCUUCAAAGGUAAUUAAAGUAAUUAAAGUAAAAUAUAAAAAUAUGAUGAAAAAAAACAGAAAAAUGAAAACAAAGAGCAAGAAAAAAAACUAUUAAAUAUGAUUAAAAUAA